GGCAGCUCUGUGGCAACGCCUAGGACCCUAAGUAUGCUGGUCCAGUUUGUUCUCUCUGAGAUAGCGCAGGCCACGUGAUCCAUCUUCCCAGAGGCCGUGAGCAGGCUAGGGGCCCUACGACAGCCAGGACAGAAAAGCAAGGGGUCCACGUCCCCCAGCUAUGCUGAAGCAGAGCGAGAGGAGAAGGUCUUGGAGCUAUAAGCCCUGGAAUGCUACGGAGAGCGAGGACGCGCCCCAAGAAGGGGGCAGCCAACACCGCCGGAGCAUUUGCUCCGUGGGGGGCCGUUCCUGCUCCCAGGCCAGCAUCCCGCCGUGGACGGAGGGCAAUUACAACUACUACAUCGAGGAGGACGAGGAUGGGGCGGAGGAGGAUGAGUGGAAGGAUGACGUUGCCAAGGACGACCAGAGGCCAGAAGAAGUCACCACCGUGCAGCCUGAUGACGCCACCGACGCUCCGGCCCAGUGGUCCACGCUGAACGUGAACGUGGGCGGCCAGAGCUACCGGCUGGACUACUGCGAGCUGGUCGGCUACCCCAAGACGCGCCUGGGCCGCCUGGCCACCUCCACCAGCCGCAGCCGCCAGCUAAGCCUGUGCGACGACUACGAGGCGCGGACGGACGAAUACUUCUUCGACCGUGACCCGGCCGUCUUCCAGCUGGUCUACAACUUCUACGUGUCCGGGGUGCUGCUGGUGCUGGACGGGCUGUGCCCGCGCAGCUUCCUGGAGGAGCUGGGCUACUGGGGCGUGCGGCUCAAGUACACGCCGCGCUGCUGCCGCAUCUGCUUCGAGGAGCGGCGCGACGAGCUGAGCGAGCAGCUCAAGAUCCAGCGCGAGCUGCGGGCCCAGGCGCAGGCCGAGGAGGCCGAGGAGCUCUUCCGCGACAUGCGCUUCUACGGACCGCAGCGCCGGCGCCUCUGGAACCUCAUGGAGAAGCCCUUCUCGUCGGUGGCCGCCAAGGCCAUCGGAGUGGCCUCCAGCCUCUUCGUGCUCAUCUCCGUCGUGGCGCUGGCGCUCAACACCGUGGAGGAGGAGCAGCAUCAGACAGAGGAGGACGCGGGCGACCCAGACCUGCGGCCCAUCCUGGAGCACGUGGAGAUGCUGUGCAUCGGCUUCUUCACGCUCGAGUACUUGCUGCGCCUCGCCUCCACGCCCGACCUGCGGCGCUUCGUGCGCAGCGCCCUCAACCUGGUGGACCUGGUGGCCAUCCUGCCGCUCUACCUGCAGCUGCUGCUCGAGUGCUUCACCGGCGAGGACCAGCAGCAGCACGGCCAGACGAUGGGCCGGGUGGGCAAGGUGGGCCAGGUGCUGCGCAUCAUGCGCCUCAUGCGCAUCUUCCGCAUCCUCAAGUUAGCGCGCCACUCCACCGGCCUGCGCGCCUUCGGCUUCACGCUGCGCCAGUGCUACCAGCAGGUGGGCUGCCUCAUGCUCUUCAUCACCAUGGGCAUCUUCACCUUCUCCGCAGCCGUCUACUCCGUGGAACACGACGUGCCAGGCACCAACUUCACCAGCAUCCCCCACUCCUGGUGGUGGGCCGCGGUGAGCAUCUCCACUGUGGGCUAUGGAGACAUGUACCCAGAGACCCACCUGGGCAGGCUUUUUGCCUUCCUCUGUAUCGCUUUUGGGAUCAUUCUCAACGGGAUGCCCAUUUCCAUCCUCUACAACAAGUUCUCAGAUUACUACAGCAAGCUCAAGGCUUAUGAGUAUACUGCCAUCCGCAGGGAGAGGGGAAAGGUGAACUUCAUGCAGAGAGCCAGAAAGAAGAUGGCCGAGUGUUUGGCUGGAAGCGACUCGCAGCCCACCCCCCGGCAAGAGAAUUAGUAGGACAGGUGGCUGGUAGAUUCCAUGAACUCCAAGGCUUCAUUUAUUACCCCCCUUUCUUUUAAUCAUCAGGAUUGGCAGCAAAAGAGACACGUGAAGCAGGUAUACACAAAGAGCAUUCCAUUCACAAAGUUCUGCCUCUAGAAAUGCUCAUUUUGGCCCCAACAAAUGCCUCAUAUUGCUCUAUAACUGUGGCACUUGAGGGUCUGACCUUCCCAAUGACACUGAUGUUGAAAACCUGAGAGGAGCAACAGCUUAGAUUUCUCCUGUAGCUUCUCAUGGCAUCUAGCUCAAUAAAUAGUUUUGGACUUGAA